AAGGAAAGUCAUCAUGGGAGCAUUUUUAGACAAGCCAAAGAUGGAGAAGCAUAAUGCCCAGGGCCAAGGGAAUGGGCUUCGUUAUGGUCUGAGCAGUAUGCAAGGCUGGCGAGUUGAAAUGGAGGAUGCACAUACAGCUGUGAUUGGUUUGCCAAAUGGACUCGAUGGAUGGUCGUUUUUUGCUGUAUAUGAUGGGCACGCUGGAUCACAGGUUGCCAAGUACUGCUGUGAGCAUUUAUUAGAUCACAUCACGAGCAACCAGGAUUUUAAAGGGCCAGAUGGGCCACCAUCUGUGGAAAGUGUAAAGAGCGGCAUCAGAACAGGUUUUUUGCAAAUUGAUGAACACAUGAGAGUCAUCUCCGAGAAGAAACAUGGCGCAGACAGAAGUGGAUCAACAGCUGUGGGUGUCAUGAUUUCUCCCCAACAUACAUACUUUAUAAACUGUGGAGACUCGAGAGGUUUACUUUGUAGAAACAGGAAGGUUCACUUCUUCACACAGGAUCACAAACCAAGUAAUCCCCUGGAGAAGGAGCGUAUACAGAAUGCAGGUGGCUCUGUAAUGAUUCAGCGUGUGAAUGGCUCUCUUGCUGUUUCAAGGGCACUUGGGGACUUUGAUUACAAAUGUGUCCAUGGGAAGGGUCCUACAGAACAGCUAGUCUCACCUGAGCCUGAAGUUUAUGAAAUUGAGAGAUCAGAAGAAGAUGAUCAGUUCAUCAUACUGGCUUGCGAUGGUAUCUGGGAUGUUAUGGGAAAUGAAGAGCUGUGUGACUUUGUAAGAUCCAGACUUGAAGUCACUGAUGACCUUGAGAAAGUUUGCAAUGAGAUAGUUGACACCUGCUUGUACAAGGGAAGUCGAGACAACAUGAGUGUGAUAUUGAUCUGUUUUCCGAAUGCACCAAAGGUAUCACCAGAGGCGGUGAAAAGAGAGGCAGAGUUGGACAAGUACCUGGAAAGCAGAGUAGAAGAGAUCAUAAAGAAGCAGGGUGAAGGAGUCCCAGACUUAGUCCACGUGAUGCGUACAUUAGCAACUGAGAGCAUCCCAAACCUCCCGCCGGGGGGUGAAUUGGCAAGCAAACGGAGUGUGAUUGAAGCAGUUUAUAACAGACUGAACCCCUACAGGAAUGAUGAUACUGAUUCUGCCUCAACUGAUGAUAUGUGGUAAAACUGCUCACCUAGCUGUGGAGUUCACGUUUCAUCCUUCAAAUGAAAGUGCAGCCCAACCUCAGUGACCCUUCUUAACAUCCAUCCUCAACCUUAAUUAAAGAAGGGAACAUGAUGUGUUGGUGAGAGCGACUACAGCAGUACGACAUCUAGCCCAGGAACUGAUCUUUUUUGUAAAAGACUUCUGUAAACGUGAUUUCAAACCAUAAUUCAUGUUGUAAAUCAGACUCCAGCAAUUUAUGUUGUAUGAUUUUGUUUUUGUAAAGUGCAAUUGUCUUUGUACAAAAUGCUCAUAUUUAAUUAUGAACUGCUUUAAAUCACUAUAAAGGUUAGAAGAAAUGUUUGGCUUGUGUGAUGCAACAAUAUAUAUCCCUUUAAAUUCAUGUUGUGGUUUUGGAUUGCAAGGAGCAGCAGCCUAGCCAGCUAGGUGCUCAAGAGGUGCACAAAACUGUAAAGAUAACUUUUUGUUUUAUAUGAAAGCUGUGGGCAACUUACCAGAAAUUACAGUGUGAGAAUUUGCUUGGCAAUGGAAAAAAUAACUAAGAGUAGUGCACAUUCUUCAACAAAUGUAUCUUGUUUUCUUGGACACACUCCUGCUCUCACAUUGAGUUAAAGGGAGUUCUGAUCUUGACUUCAGUGGGAGUUAAAUCAUGCCCUAUUAAUAGUAUCAUGUUCAUACGUGUAAAAACCUUGGGAUUAGAAUGCCUUGAUUCUUUGCACCUCUUUUUUCAUUAACCCUUACCUGAAACUACUAAUCACUGAGCAUGAACAGGCAGCUUUCUACAUACAGUAGGAGUCUGCAGCAUUUUUACAAUCCUGAUUGGCUGGGUCUGCUGCUGUUCCAAGUAAAAUACUUUGAAUUCCAUUUUAUCAAUAAAGCUUGAUUUAACAAACAAGA